CACAGAGCGCGGCAAACAGCCGUCAACAGCAGAAGGAAGAACUUUUAUUUCUUCAAGUAUUCACCUCUGAUUAAACACACGAUUAACCGGGCACAUGGCGUCCACGAGUAAAGCGCAGCUCCAGACCCGCAAUCUCCCCUGGGUUGAAAAGUACAGACCACAGUCGCUCGAUGAUCUGAUCUCGCAUAAAGAUAUCCUGAGCACCAUCCAAAGGUUCAUCAGCGAGGACAAACUUCCCCAUCUGCUGUUCUACGGCCCCCCGGGAACAGGGAAGACCUCCACCAUCCUGGCCUGUGCCCGACAGCUGUACAAGGAGAAAGAGUUCAACUCCAUGGUGUUGGAGCUGAACGCCUCGGACGACCGAGGUAUCGACGUGGUUCGAGGCCCCGUCCUGAGUUUUGCCAGCACCAGGACUAUCUUCAAGAAGGGCUUCAAGUUGGUGAUACUGGACGAGGCUGAUGCCAUGACCCAGGAUGCCCAGAAUGCAUUGCGGCGAGUCAUCGAGAAGUUCACAGAAAACACUCGCUUCUGCCUGAUCUGUAACUACCUGUCCAAGAUCAUCCCGGCUCUGCAGUCCCGCUGCACCAGGUUCCGCUUCGGCCCGCUGUCCCCGGACCAGAUGAUCCCCCGGCUGGAGCACGUCAUCCAGCAGGAGAGCAUCGACAUAACUCCAGAUGGAAUGAAGGCCAUCGUGACGCUGUCUUCAGGCGAUAUGAGACGAUCACUCAACAUACUGCAGAGCACCAGCAUGGCGUACGAGAAGGUGACGGAGGACACGGUGUACACGUGCACGGGCCACCCGCUGCGCUCAGACAUCGCCAACAUCCUCGACUGGUGCCUCAACAAGGACUUCACCACGGCGUAUAAACAAAUCCUUCACCUGAAGACGUUGAAGGGCCUGGCUCUGAACGACAUCCUCACUGAGAUCCACCUCCUCGUGCACAGAGUGGAUUUCCCUCCAGCUGUUCGGAUCAGUCUCCUCAUCAAGCUGGCUGAUGUUGAACACCGGCUGGCUUCAGGAACCAGUGAGAAGAUCCAGCUGAGCUCCAUGGUCGCUGCGUUCCAGGCCGUGAGAGACAUCGUGGUCAGCGAGGCUUCUUAAGACACCGGGAAUUUUUUCAGAGACUCAUGCUGCGCUUCUCCUCUUUGUCCACGGAGAGCUGUAGAUCUGAGUGAAAUCCAGCACUUCUGCAGAAUACGGGGCUGUAACUAGAAUUCGGCAGAAAGCAGAAGCCCACUGCCUGGCUGCCCACCACACCGCGAGUACAGUGGAAGAACAUCAGGAACAAACGCUGACAGCUAUUUGAGUCACCCGCACACAAAGAUGUGGAAGGCCAGCAUUAAAAAAAAUAAAAAAGA